AUGGAUACCCCAGGACCAGUUGGCUUAGUUGAUGGUGUAUAUUGGUGUAUGUUAAAGAUAGAUGGUGUAUAUUGGUAUAUAUUGAUGGUAGAUGGUGUCGAUUGGUGUAUAUUAAUUGUAGAUGAUGUAGAUUGGUGUAUAUUAAUAGAAGAUGAUGUUGAGUGGUGUAUAUUUAUAAUAGAUGUUGUAAAGUGGUGUAUAUUAAUAGAAGAUGAUGUUGAGUGGUGUGUAUUAAUAAAAGAUGACGUUGAGUGGUGUAUAUUAAUAAUGGAAGGAAGGGCGAAUAUGCCCCCACACCCUGCUUCGCUAGAGACACCCGCUACAAUAUAUAUCGUAAUGGAGCUUACAAAAGGUUUUUCCAAUUGGCCUCAGACUUAA